GUGAUUUAUCAUCGAACAAUCUAAAAAUUAAUUCGUUCGCUGAACAUUUUCGAAGAGAAAUGUAAAAGUUUAUGGCAACAGUACAACGGAACGAUUCAUACGGUGCAAGUAAUUUUCGUUUGAAACGAUUUUGACAAACAUUUCAAACGAAGAGGGACAUUUUCAACUUUGACCCCUGACGAAUUGAAUGAGUUUUCUGCAAAAUGGCAGCAUCAAUACCUUCUGCGGUGUCAGCACCCUCAUUGGGUCAAAAACGCAGGGCAUCUUUGAAGAAGAAAGAAAGAAGAAAACGAAAACGCCAAGCCCUCGCCAAAGCCCAAAUCAGAGAAUCUGGUGAAAAUGGAGAUGAUUCUCCACCAGAACAAGAUGAUGAUGAAGAGGAAAGGAAGGCUGAGGAAGAAAGACGGCGCCUAGAUCAGGAGUGGCUGGAGAGGGAGAGGCUGGCCCAGCAGGAAUUCAGACUCCGGUGGGAGAGGGAAGACGCUGCAAGGAAGAGACAGGAGGAAGAGGAGGCGAGGAUAAAGCAGGAAUGGGAGGCCCAGCAGAGGAGAGAGGAAGAGGAGAAGGAGCAGAAGAAACAGGAGAAGAGAGACAGAGAGGAAGCUGUACAGAAAAUGUUGGACCAGGCUGAGAGUCAGCUGGAGAAUGGGGGUCCCUGGAGAAACCCUGAGGCUCCAGAUUUCGGUACGGAGCAAGACCGGGCUAACUGUCCCUUCUUCCUCAAAACUGGAGCCUGCCGCUUCGGCGACAGGUGCUCUCGUAAGCAUGUCCACCCCCCGUCCAGCCCUACUCUGAUGAUCCGGGGGAUGUUUGCGACUUUCGGGAUGGACCAGAGGUCACGGGACGACUACGAUACAGACGCCUGUCUGGAGCACAGCGAGGAGGAGGUACAACAGCAGUUUGUGGAUUUCUACGAGGAUGUACUUCCUGAGUUCAGGACUGCUGGCAAGGUGGUGCAGUUUAAGGUCAGCUGCAACUUUGAGCCACAUUUGAGAGGAAAUGUUUAUGUCCAGUUUGACACAGAGGAGCAGUGCAGAGAGGCCUUCGUGAUGUUCAAUGGAAGAUGGUACGCUGGUAAACAGCUCCAGUGUGAGUUCUCUCCUGUCACCAGAUGGAAGACUGCUAUAUGUGGUUUGUUCGACCGACAGAAGUGUCCGAAAGGAAAGCACUGCAACUUUCUGCACGUGUACCGUAACCCUGGAAAUGAGUUCUGGGAGGCGGACAGGGACCUGCACAUGUCCCCCGACCGGGGAGGAGGAGGUACCGGGUCUUUCGCUGGGGGCCGGUUCUCUGAGAGAAGUAACCGCUCCUCGUGGACCGAGAGGUCACAGAGCCGACGGGGGAGAGGAGCAGGAGGAGUAGGAGCAGGGAGAGCAGAAUAGCCCAAAGGAGAGAUAGUCUUCAGAGUGACAGGUCUUGGACCAGUCGUAGCAGCACAAGACCCAGGUCGAGGAGUAGGGACAGAGACCGGCGGGAUGGGAGCAGAGAUAGGAGGGACAGAGACCGGCGGGAUGGGAGCAGAGAUGGGAGGGACAGAGGCAGGAGCAGGGACAGAGAUGGGAGGGACAGAGGCAGGAGCAGGGACAGAGAUGGGAGGGACAGAGGCA